CUUGUUUUCAGCAAAGUCAGCAUGGAAGUCUGAGAAUCACCUCGCAGAUUUUGUUAGGCUUGUUAACAGAUAAAAGCAUGCUGGGCUGGGCUAAAGAUUUCUUCAGAAGACACAAGAGGAAAAUUAUAGGACUUGGCGUUGUUGCUGGAGGUCUAUAUUCGUCUUAUAAGCUAAUUCAAUGGAAGGUUGCAGAGUGGCAGGAAAGAGAGCGGGCAGAGUAUUUGCAACAAGCCAAAAAACAGUUUCACUUUGAAAAAAACCAAGGAACCUGUAAAACAACAUUGGUGGAGUUGAUGUUGCCACUUAGAAACAGAAUAUUUGAAGUUUUGAAUGUGGAAGAAAUCACAACAGCACUUAAAUGCAAUCCUGGAAACAAACUUGUGUUAUGGGAGGAAUUGAAACUGCAGAGUUUUACACGAACAUUGGUGUCACUCAUUUCAACUUGUACAUUGUAUGUCUUUUUGCAAGUUCAAAUAAGCAUUAUUGCUGGCUACAUGUACUUGGAAAGUAUUGAAUGCUCGUGUGCAGAUGAAUUUGAUAUUUCUGAGUUGGUUCAGGGCAUAGAAAUGGAUAGGCCUAUUUCCAGUAUUGAAAAAGAGUAUCUUGGCAGCAUCAAAUUUUUGCUCACAGAUGGCAUCAUUCUGAUGAUUGAUAAGUUGAGGAGCAUUGUGAAUGAUAAUAUUGCUUCAAUGUCACUAAAAAGUGAAGUUACACAUUAUGAAAUCUCCAAGGCCGUCUUCAAUAUCUGGAACCUAUUCAAGGCUGAUGCGGCAGGUUUAUGCAAAAGUGGAAAUCCAAGCACGAAGUCUCCAUUUUCAAUGUACCUCUUAAACAUAGAAGAUUCUAGAAAGAAAACGAGGUACCUUGAUGAAGAGAAGUGUCAAAAGAUGAUUAUGGAGACGUUUGAUGUAAUUGAAAGUGAAGAUUUCCAGGCAGUCCUAUCUGAAUCUAUUCAAGAAUGCUUGCAGCUGUUAAUGCAGUCAAUAGAGCCUUACUUUCAGUAUAAAGAGGAUGGUGAGUUUGAUACUGCCGAAAAAGGUGACAAUGAGGCAAAAAGGGAAAUGAGGUUACCUUUGGCAAAGAUCGUACCAAUUGUAAACUCUCAAAGCAACCAGAUUUUUAGGAAUGGGAAAAACCUUUAUUUGGAGACUUUAUUUUCAAUGGAUUCUAUCAAUGCAUUUUCUGCAAAUAUAUAUGAAUCAUUCAGCAGUCAACCAGAGGCAUAACUGGCCAUCAAAUGGAGGACGGGAAGUCCGCAGGGGUAUCACGGCAAAAAAUUAUAAUCUUAUUUCAUCAACUUUUUGUUGCUUUUCGUUUUUAACUAGAUUUCUCUAUUUCUGUUUCAAAUCAUA